AUGUACGCUGACGACACGCACCUUACACAUGCGGGCAGUAAUCUUGAGAAUGUUCAGUUUUGUCUAAAUGAAGACCUAGCAAACAUUUUCAACUGGCUACAAGCAAACAAACUUACAUUGAACAUGACCAAAACCGAAUUCAUGCUAAUAGGGUCGAGGCAGAGACUGAAUACUCUCACAGCUUCACCAACAAUUACAAUGAACAAUACUCAAGUGAGCCAGGUUACAGCUACGAAAUCGCUUGGUGUAAUAAUAGACGAUAAACUCGAUUGGCAUAGUCACAUCGAAAAAUUAACCAAAAAGAUCGCCUCUGGUAUCGGGGCCCUAAAGCGGAUUAGGCACCUGAUCCCAGCAUCAACCUUACAUCUCGUUUAUCAAGCCUUAGUAAAACCUCACUUUGAUUACUGUGACAUUGUUUGGGGUAACUGUGGGAAAAAGCUACAAGACAAACUGCAGAAAUUGCAGAAUAGAGAAGCCCGUGUGUUGACAUUCUCUAACUAUGAUGCUGAUGCAACUGAGCUACUCGAGUUUUUAAGGUGGAAAAAUCUUACACGCCAGCAGGAAAUUCACAAAGCCACCAUGAUGUUUAGAUGUCUGCACAGGCUAGCUCGGGCUAGCUAG